UGGUGUUUGACAGCCAUCAAAAACAAAAGCAAAUAUAUCGAACAACAUGAAUUCCAAAGAAAAACCUCCUAUACCUGUGCCGAAAAUGAAUGCGACCAACCUGUAUGCCACAACCACCCAAAUCGUGAUGAAGUCUGAUCCAAAAAAUCCGAAUUCUUGGCAGGACCUUUACCGACUUGUACCCUAUUUAAGAAAUUCUCUGUGCUGUGUAGUAUGUUCAAAUCUCUUGGUGGAUCCUCUAACUCCAACAAUAGCGCAGUGUCAACAUCAUUUGUGUAGGCCUUGCAAAGGGGGGCGUAAAAAAAUAAAACCAGCAUGCGAGGGUUGUAAAGAAUGUAAAGACUAUACCGAGAACAAGCGAUUACGUAUCUUAUUACAGUGCUAUAAAAAAAUGUGUGUGUGGUUAAUACAUUCUCCUUUAUUCAAAAGUAUUACAAUGCAAGCUUCACAACCUGGUACAGGUUUUGAACGUGGUGCUAGUAACUUAAUAAUGUUAAUAAAAGAAGGUGCUGCUUUCCAAGACGAUUAUAAAAGUAAUGGUGGUCUGCCGAAAUCAGCAUAUUCUAUUUUGCCUUGCAUUUAUACUAAUUCGGCCAACACACAGGGUGUUCAUUCACAAGUUGGAAAGGACAAUAAAAAUUUAGUGCUAAAUUCUAAUAUGCAGAAUAGAACUUCCUUUUAUUCAGUGUUAUAUCCGGGUAAUGGAAGCAAAAUUACUUUGAAGAGGAAACAAAAAGACAGUUUGGGAAAUUCAAAAUCUGGGACUAAUAGGCAAAGAGAGUAUGCAGAAAAGGCUGUAUUUAAGAAACCUUGCACGGUGAAACCUAAAAAAGGCUGUCGUUGCGGAAAUGCAACUGCUACACCUGGAAAACUGACAUGUUGCGGUCAAAGAUGUCCGUGUUAUGUAGACAGUAAACCUUGUUUGGAAUGCAAGUGUAGAGGGUGUCGAAAUCCACAUAGAAUGGACGGACAGAAGGUAAUGCCCCACAUACCAGAACUGCAACAAAUUCAGUUGGUACAAUCAACCCCACCACCUGUUUUAAGCCAAGAUGUUCAAAGUGUGAAAAUUGAAGGAAUCGAUUUAGAAACUCAAUUUACUGCAUUUGAUUCAAUGAAUAUGAAUCAACAUUUCAAAACAUAUAAACUUGUCAAUGGAGGAUACAAUACAAUGCCUCUUACGACAGAUUUAUUACCAAUUGACUUCAAUGAAGAUGAGGACACAGAAAUAACUGUUGUAUGACCUUUAGAUUCUAAUUCAGUGUUAUUUAUGGCUUAAAAUCCAAUGAUGCUAUUGAAGAUUUUUAUAUAUUUUUUUUCUAUACUAUCAAUAAUAUUAAGAAUCUUUAAUAGUGUCAUACGCCUUAUUUCAGUCAAAACAAACUUCUGCCUUAUCAGUUAAAUAGUUUUAAACUCGGAUUGGACUGAUAGAUAAAAAGAUCAAAAUGGGUCAAAAAAUCAUUUUUUUUAGCGAAUAAGGAAAACCAGAUAACCCCAUUUUCAGUCCGUCCCUGAAUUUAUUUGUAUUAAUCUUAUGUACAUAUAUAUUUUUUUACACUAUAUUUUCAGGUUAGUGAAAAGAGGAAUUAGAUUUUUAUUUGCAUCUAAGUUAGUGUUAUUUGUAUUUCUCUAAUAUUUUAUUAAUUCACUACAUGUUAAUCAAAUGCAGUGAACAGUUUUUCCAGUUUUGAUAUAAAGUGCUAAAUUUAAUUAUUUAUAGUAAAAAUAUUUGAUAUAUUUUUAUUAUUUUCUAAGAAUUUAGGUGAAAAUGUGGGAUUUUUGCUCCAUUUGAUUAACCAAUCAAAUAAUUAAUCUUAGCUUCGGCUGUGAAAAUGUUUUGUUCAUUGUUACAUUUAGAUAAAGUAAUUAGUCUAGUCAAUAACGAAAUCCUUUAUACUCUGCAAAAAAAAUAUUUUUAGUGAAUGGAGUGAUGUUCCAAAUUAUGUAUUUUUUUAAAUAUUUUGCGUGGAAUUUGAGAGUUUAGGGGAUGGGUUCUGUCUACUGAAGGUUCACGAAGUCUCUUCGAAGUGAGGUAUAAGCAGUCCCUGGCAUUCAAGAGUAAGAUAAUAAUUUGGCUCCUCAUAUCCGAUGUAACAUUUUCAUUGUUCUGAUUGGUUUUUUUAUCAGCCUUGUGUUUAUAAAUUUCUGAUUGGUAAAAACUAGCAUAAGGUUCUUCGAGUUGUUCAAAUAUAUGUAACGCUUUUUCAUAUUCCUUCCUCUUCAUCAGCUGCAUAGCUGUGAACAAUUUCCCACUUUCAAUGUAAGAAGAUGCCUCGGAAAUAGAUAUAUCUUUCGCUUUAUAUUCAAAGAAUCUGUUAUUAGAAUAUGUAAUCAUCUCAUUAUUUUUCACUUUUUCCAAGAGCGGCAAGGCGGCUUUCCAGUACAAUUCAGCUCUUGCAUCAUUAAAUUCGAUUUCCGACUUUUUGGUGGUAAGUCUCUUUGAACGCUCUUCGAAUAUUUUCGCCAAAGCCACCAAUAAACUAACAUCAAAGCCGUGAUGACCUACACACCUCACCACUUCGAUGGCUUUAAUUAGAAGCAACCGACCUUCUCCCAUAUUUAGCUUCUUCUUCAUUUUUGCACAUAUUAUAAGCGACAGAUAUAAACUUCGACUGGUUUAAAGUGCCUAAAUGGUCCGUUACACAGGCUGGUAAAACAAUAGGCCUAUCGUGGUUGUAAUAAUUCAAGUUUUUAGUAUCUUUCAUUUUGGACUUUGCACAGAGAAUAGCACAAUAAAGGAAUGAUUGAAUAUCCAGAUUGUUCAAUGCCUCAGCAGCACAAUUGUUUAAAUUUUCUAUAGAAUACUGCAGGCCUUCGAAAGAUUUCACCUUCAUGUCACUUAACUUACUGUUUAGGCCAAGCCAAAUGUAAUGGUGUAGAGAGUCGGGAUAUACUGGCUGAGCAACUUCAUCGAAUUUUACUAAAUCUAGACGAUCAUUUUCAAUUUACAUCAUUCCCAAGGAUAAGGUAUAAAUAUAUACCACUUUUAAAUAUCUAUUUUAUCUUUACAAACAUUACCUCAAGUUUUAAUCACAUGGAUUAGUUUACGUUCCAAAAAAUUGAAGUUUUUAUCAGAUUUUUUUUAACUUACCUAGUUUUUUUCAUAUGUAUAAAAUUGUAUUUUUUGUGAGAAAAUGGACUUUAUUGACUAGCUCCUAGACUGUUAAGAAAGCUGUAACUACUUUAGUAACUUCGUAGUCAACCAUACAAAUAGCUAAUUUUGCACCUAAAUGUAAUAUAUUUUUUGUAUAAAUGAAAUAAAUGACUCUCUAUUA